CUCAAUAUCAAAAGCGUUAUCUCAAAGUUUCGAGAUAGGAUGUCGAUAAAAUUGAAGACUUUACGAUCGCACACACUACUUCUGUUUCGGAUCGCGUAGUUGCACUACGAUACUGCAGCCGAAAUGUUCACUCCAAGGCUCUUGUGCCUAGCAGCGGCGCUGACUGCUGUCUCAGCCUUCUCAGUGACAUUGAGACAGAACCCUGAGACUCUGUGUCGAGGGCAGGAGAAUUUCCUGAGGAUCGCCCACAUUGACAGCUGCACUCACUACUACCAAUGCUAUGCUGGCCGCGCUUACCUCAUGCAGUGUCCUGAUGACGCCUGGUUCAAUGAGGACGAACAGGUUUGCGACAGAUCUACACCACCAGAUGGCUGCGCUCUAGUAGAUCCGGAACCAGAACCCGAACCUGAGCCAGAGCCAGAGCCAGAGCCAGAGCCAGAGCCAGAGCCAGAGCCAGAGCCAGAGCCAGAGCCAGAGCCAGAGCCAGAGCCAGAGCCAGAGCCAGAGCCAGAGCCAGAGCCAGAGCCAGAGCCAGAGCCAGAGCCAGAGCCAGAGCCAGAGCCACUGCCAGAAGAAGACCUUGAUUCAGAAAGUGCGCAAAUUCCAGACGACGAUGACGAUGAGGAAGCGCAAUCUGAACAAGACGAACAACCAGAGAAUGAUGAUGCUGAGGACGAUCAAAAUGAUGAAAACGACGAAGUUGAAAACGAUGAUGAACAAGAUUUUGUAGUAAAAUUAUUAAAAAGACGUGUUAGGCAAGAAGAAGUCGAUGGUGAGAAUGAUGAAAAUGAGAGUGAAGAAACAAGAAGAAUGAGACAGGAAGAGACUGAAGAAGAUGAAAUAAAUGAGGAGGUUGAAGUUGAUGGAGAAGAAUUAAAAAAGAAACAAGUAGAGGUUGAAAAUGAUGAGGAGGAUAAUGAAGAGGGAGAAUUAACAAGGCAAGAAGAGGUUGAGAAUGAUGAGGAAAAUGAGGAAGAAUUAAGAAAGAGACAAGAGGAAGGCAGCGACGAAGACGAUGAAGACGAAGAUCAACAAGAAAGGAGUCAGGAAGAAACAGACGAUAAUGAAAAUGAUGAAGAAGACUUAGAUGAAAUCAAACGACGUUUUUCCAACUCCUACAUGAGGCUUCUGCGGGCGACAGCUUAACUGACGCAUUCGAAAGCAUUCUAAUGGAAUGCUUCCUUGACAUGCUGUAGUUAUAGUAUAGUCUAGAUUUAAGUAGAUAUUUAGCGUAAGUAUUAAGAUCACUUUGUGCAAUUUUGUAAAUAGACGAGAGAAAGAGAGUAUUAAAUUAUUUUUUAACGAGA